CUUGUUUCCCUAUUUUCGUUUUUAUUUCUUUUUGAAUCGAUGUUUGUUUGAUUUUUUUGUCAAAUCCUCCUUUAAUCUGAUUCUGCAAGAAAAGGAUGGACUGUUGGAUAAAUUCCCUUAAAGAUGCAAGAAAAGAAGCUUUACUUCUCCACCAAAUAAAAGUUUCAAUCUUUUUUUCUUGUUAGGGUUUCCUCUCUCUUUUCUUUGGGAUAUUUCAAUUGAAGGAGAGAUAUGAAAAAAGAUGAUAGAUUUCAGUCAGAGACAACGAUUCUUCGGGUAUCCGGGUCAGCCCGAAAGCCGAUAAUCUCACCCGACUCACCGGAACCAUCCCUGGUCCUAUAGGUACUCCUUACGAAGGCGGCGAGGAGUCUGGGGUUAAGGUUAUGGACGCAGCGUUAUCUCUAAUGUGCUUCAAAGCACCUCAGCCACAAUAUUUCUCCAUUUUUCUUGGGAUAAAUCUUUCUCCUUUCUGCAGACGUCAUGUCGGACAAAGGUCGUCCCUUGCCGAAAUUUGGUGAAUGGGAUGUGAAUGAUCCAGCCUCAGCAGAAGGUUUCACAGUGAUAUUCAACAAAGCUAGGGAUGAGAAAAAGACUGGUGGCAAACCCGGGUCACCUGGUAAAUCCAGUGAGGGUCAUGUUAAGUCUGGAGGAGGAGAUCCUCAGGUAUUUGAUUCGGCGCCUUUUCAUCUUCAAGGAAUUGUAAAGUACUUAGGUAUCGAAACGAGGAAACGUUACAGUUUGGUAGCUCCUAUCUACCUCGCUGCUCUGAAGAUUUGAUCCAAGUCUCUAAGGAUAUUAUUGAUAAAUUGGGAGGAUCAAACGGAAGAUUGGCUACAGAAUUGUUCCAAGCUGUUGUAAGAUCGGCAGCUUCAACAUCAUGCAGCGCGUAUAGAAAGUUAGAGGAUGGAAGAAAUAGGGCUGUCUCAAAGCUUCUUGCUUUCUUACCGAGAGAAUCAUCUGUAGACAACCACGAGAUACCUCUGAG